GCCCUUUCAGCAGCACGAUCACACUUCAAAACUAAAUUGGACAGCGCGCUGAAACCCGCUCCAGCUCGUUACAGCUUGCACCCCAAGAGCUCUGUGCGAAUCAUGGAUGAGGACUUUGAUUUUGAGCGUCGCAGAGAGUUACGGAGACAAAAGCGAGAAGAGAUGCAGCGGGAGGCAGAGAAGAUGAACUCUCACGAUGAUGAUGAGGAAGCGGCCCGGGAGCGCCGGAGACGAGCCCGUCAGGAACGCCUGCGCAAUAUGGAGAAUGAGGAGUCGAAUAACACUACAACAGAAACUAACACUACAGAGACGUCCUCCUUGAUCACUAGUUCGGCACCAGCUGAGGAAGAUGAUGAUCAGGCUCUCUUAGAGAGGAUUGCCAAAAGAGAAGAGCGGAGACAGAAAAGGAUGAAGGAAGCUUUGGAUAGACAGAAGGAACCUGAUCCCACCAUCACGGAUGAAACUGUCACCGCUACCACAGAGGACGAGCCAAGUGGUAGAAAUGGUGAACAAGAGUCCUCCCAAAAUGAUGUUUCUUCAGAAACCAACUCUUGGAAGGAAAGGGAAGAGAAAAAUGAGGAAGAAAAGAUAGAGGAAAGCAGCGUUGACGUUGAGGAGGCAAUCACAAAAAAGGAGGAUCCAGUGCCAGUCACAGCAGCAGAGGAACCCAAAGAAUCUCCUGAGAAGACUGAUGACCCAGAAGAGGAAGAUAAAUCACAGAGGUCCUACCUCAGAGAACAGAAAUCCACAGAGGAGAAACCCAAAGAACAAGCUGCACUGAAUGAGGAAGAAACUAAUAUAGAGACUAAAGAACAAACAAAUUCAGAUUUAGCCAUUGCAGAUUUAGAAAAGAAAGAGGUUGAAGAUGAAAGUCAAAUAUCAGGAAAAGAACCAACAGAAGAGGACCAAAUAGAGGUGGAAGUCAUAGUGCAGCCAACUACACCACAGAGUGAAGAGGAAAAGCUGGUGGAGAAAGAAGAACAGGUAAAGAAACCUGAAGAAAUACCUGUUGUGGUGAAGGUUCAAAUUCAAGAUGAAGCUCCAGUGAAAAAGGAAGAUGAGAAACCUAUGAAGGAGCAAGAGAAACCCCAUGUACCUGUUGAAGAAACACCAAAAAAAUCAAUUAGGGAAGUUGAGGUGAAUGCCAAAGCCCCAAAGAAAGAAGAGGAGAAACCACCGCUGAAGAGGGAGGUUGAAGAAAAACCAUCAACACCAAAGAAGAAGGUUGAGGAGAGACAUGUGGCUCCAAAGAAAGAGGUUGAGGAAAAGCCUAAAUGGAAGAAAGAAGCUGAAGAAACGAAGGUCAAAGUAGAAGAAAAAGUCCGAUCAAAGAAGGAGGAGAUUGUAGAGAAAAAACCAAAACCUUCCUUUUUACGUGACAAACUGAAAGUGUCAACAAAGCCACAAGAUGUAGCUGACAGCGCCGCCAAAGCCAAGAAACCAGAGAAGACACUAAGUCCCACCAGCUUGCGUUCUCCUGACACAGAAAAGCAAGAUCCCAUCGCCAAGCUGGAGGCAGAACGCAAGCUCCAAGAGCUGAAGCGCAGGCGGAAUGAGACAGACAGCGAGGUGCUGGAGAAGAUGAAGCAGAAGCAGCAAACUGCCGAGGCCGAGCUCGAGGAGCUGAAGAAGAAGAGGGAGGAAAGGAGGAAGAUUCUGGAGGAGGAAGAGAAGCAGAAGAAACAGCAGUUGACAGAAAAGAAAGCCAAAGAGGAGGAAGAGAGGAGGAAGAUGAAGGAAGAGAUUGAGCGAAGGAGAGCAGAGGCAGCCGAGAAAAAAAAACAAAAGGAGUCGUCGAAAGAAGGGAGCAAAGCACCAUUCAUCGCUCCGAAGGGUGCCUCCGCAAAGAUUGGAGAGAAAGCCGAAUUUCUGAACAAAUCUGCUCUAAAAAGUCCCGUUAAGACGUCACACACUCCAUUAGUUUGCAAGAUUGGAAACAGACUAGAGCAAUACACUUCUGCUGUUCAGACCAAAGAAGUGACCAAAUCACCCAAAUCUCCUGUGGAUGUACCUGUGGCUGAAGGCCUGCGGAGCAUCAAGAGUAUGUGGGAGAAGGGGAAUGUGGUCAAUCCCACCCCGAGUCCAGCAAGCCCCCCACCGGCCACCAAGGAAACAGCUGGCCUGAACAUCGGUGUGGCUGGGCGCAUUAACACUGCCAAAACAGAUUUCAAACCAGCUCCUGAACCAGAAAAACCACCUGCCAAAACAGAGCAAAAGCCAGCUGCAGUCACUAAACCACGUGGCCCAUGGGAAACAAAGGGCUCCACACCUGCCAAGGUGUUCGCAGCCAAGAGUAAAUUCGUCACAAAUGGAACAAGAAAAUAAAGACAUCCGACGGAUCUCAGAUCAGCCAAAGUGGAAGAUGCAUCCAUUAAAUGUGCAUGAUUUUGCAACUUCAGGACACAGAUCUUACAUUGGAAAUCAAGCGACAACUUACAGAACAAAAUAAACAUUUUGUAAGUUUAAAAAGCCUUUAAACUAAAACAUUUAAAUUGAUUCAAAUUACCAUGAAUGCACAAGCCAAAUAAUACAUAUUAAAGUAUUAAAGGGAUAGUUCACCCAAAAAUGAAAAUUCUGUCAUUGAUUACUCACCGUCUUGUUGUUUCAAAACCGUAAAGACCU